AUGGCUGACUGGCCCGUCGUGCUUCACAGCUUCGGAGACAUCCAUUACUUCUACGGCCCGCCGACGAAUGACCCGCCUCACCACCGCUUCGACAAGGGCUCCUACGUCUACCUUUUUGAAAACGCAAAUGAUCGCCGCGCGCGUAUUGAGAUUGCCAACCAGCCCGGCACCGAUAACCAAGAUGCCUUUGACGGAUUUCUGGACAGGACGAAUGUUCGAUACUCAUAUAACCACCAGUGUAUGGUGACUCUUACCGUCGGCGAGACGGCAGACCAAAUGGAAUGGCACCUACCCACCUACGACCCUCACAAUCAGAACAAGUACCACUACAAGCUUCACUCACUCGACAUCUACUUUUGGAAGCAGGACGAUGCUCUCCAGUUCGUCAAUGGGAUCAGGAGAGUCCUCCCGCCGGCACAAGUCGAGAUCCUCGACGAGCCUGCGCAGCCGUCGCACCACCACCAACAACAAGCCGAGCCCGUGAGCGCGGUGGUCCAGCAGCUCGAGCACGUCGCGAUAUCGGACCCGAACUACGGCACCUCGCAACCGCAGCACGUCGCCCCGAGCUUCAAGCCACCGCCGACGUCCGCCGUCCCCGCGCAGGAGCCGCCGGCCACUUUCGUGCCCAUGGCCUAUAACCCCGCCGCCCCCGCGGCGCCGGAGGCGAUCAGACACAGGGAGAAGACGCCUCCUCCCGAGGACGGGGGCCUCGACCCGCUAGCAGCGGCAGUGGCUUACGAUGCGCAAGCCCCCUUCUCGCCUGGAUUCGUCCCUCCUCCGGGAUUCCAAGCGGGACAGGUCGGGACCGCCGGCCUGCCUCCCCCGCCCCCGCCGCCACAGUUCGGAGGGCCGCCUCCGCAGCCCGGGCUCCAGCGCGCCGUGACCAUGCCCGUGCAAGCCGUCCACGGCGGCCUGGCAUCCCCGGGACUAGCCAGUCCCUACGGAAACGGCUUCCCGGGUACGCCGGGUCUGCAACCUCCUCCGCCGCCCCCGCCUCAACAACAGCAAGCCCAACAGCAGGCCAUAUCGCAACAAACACAGCAACCUACCCCACCGCCACAGACGCCGGGCGCCACGCCUCCCGUCGCGAGUCCGGGUGCUCCUCCGCUGGGAGGCUACUCGCAAUUCUCGUACACCACUCAGCCGCGGUCGCCUGCGGUCGUCGAUUACACGGUUCACCAGCAGGUCUACCGGCCCACAGAAGAGGAGGCAGCCAAGUACAAGGGAUACAUGGUCAAGCAGGAGCCGGCGGGCAAGCUGGAGGCCAACGCAGGACGGCUCGAGAGGGGCGUUACGGGUAUGCUGAGGAAGUUUGAGAAGAAGUUUGGAUGA